AGUCGGAUCCUGGUGCCCGGGACGGGCGGGUGGCAGCUGCUGGGCUGCAUCGAGGUCCCACAGCCGGAGCAGGACUGGGGCUGGCUCCGCUGUGGCUUAGGGAGAGGUUUUUCUCCGUCGCCCCCGCCUGCUUGCUUUUGUCUUUCCACCCGGUGGCAAAGGAGGGCCGGGGAAGUGGGGGUGGGGUGGGCCUGGUUCGCCCAGGAAAUCCCCAUGUCUGCGGCAGAUCACCUGCGCGGCCCGGCCGUCAGCUCCUGCGCUGCCGCGGAUUACCGCGCCUCCGCGCCCCUGCCGCGCCCGGGCGCCCGCAGGUAGUGCUGCCGCUGCCGCCGCGGGCCCCCGCGGGGCGAGGCAUGGAGCCCAGCGCCGCGCCGGAUCUCCGCGACGUGGAGCAAAAGCUGGGGCGCAAAGUUCCCGAGAGCCUGGCGCGGCCCUUGCGCGGGGAGGAGCUGACGGGACGCCCCGCUGCUGCUGCUGCUGCUGCCGCUGCCGCGCCUGCCCGCGGUCCCGCCGCGGCUCCCGUCUCCCGCCGCCGCCGCGCUGCCGCCCUGGCCAGGCUGGAGACGAAACUUCACCUCCUGAAGCAGGAGAUGGUUAAUCUUCGAGCCACUGAUGUGAAGCUUAUGCGCCAGCUACUCAUCAUCAAUGAAAGUAUUGAAUCAAUCAAAUGGAUGAUUGAAGAGAAGGCCAUUGCCAGCAGAGGUAGCAGUUUGAGUGGCAGCCUCUGCAGCUUGCUGGAAAGUCAGGAGACAUCCCUCCAUGGCAGCUGUAACAGUUUACAAGACUGUAGUGAUGGACUGGAUGGAAUAUCAGUGGGGAGUUAUCUGGACACCUUAGCGGAUGAUGUCCCUGGCCACCAAACCCCUUCAGAUAUGGACCAGUUCAGUGAUUCUUCUAUUAUGGAUGACUCGCAGCCCCUGCAUAAGCAUCCCAAAAUUGAUUCUGAUGAGUACUACUGUUUUGGUUAAUAAAAACAAGUUCCAGUGGGACACAAAUGCACUUGUACUUAGCCUUUUUCUUUGCUGCUAUUUUAUUUCAUGUGUAAAACCCCCAAACAUGUCUUGGAAGAAAAACAUGAUACUUUGAUUCCAGUUCAUAACUUUUGUGUUGUUUCUAAUAUAUUUUCUCCUAGGUAGGUUGGACUUGGCUUCUCCUCACUUUUUCUUAAUUUAUUGUCGCAGUUUUUCUUUGUCUUAAUUUUUUUACAAUGCUGUAUUUACAGGUCUUUAAAGAUUGUGAAGAAAAAGCUUUAUCUUUAAAAUGAGAUAUCAGAGAAUGAGAGCAAAAAUUUUGUAUUUGUUGGCAAUAAAGUAUCAUCUGAUAAAUGUAUGUUGUAGUAAAUUUUCUUGACUACCAGUUUUGGUCUUUCCAAAGACACUUCUUAUUAAGCCUUAAAUCUCAAUCUUAAGAAUACCUCUAUGAAAUAAUUUUCCAUUUGUAAGUAAUGAUAUUUUAUUCUGUUAAGCUUUCUUCACUUGGAAUAUAAAGAAUUGUAAACUUG